CGUUAAGAACAUAACAAAUAUGUUUCGAACACUGGUAUUUGCGUUGCUAUUCGGGUUCCUUAAUCUUAAGAAAAGCAAUGUUGCCGGAACCUCACAGACAGGCAUACAGACAAAGGUUGAUUCACUGAAGUCGUUAAUCUACGACAAUACCAAGGCCACAGUUACCUUAGACUCAACAGCCUUCAAGGAGCUAAUUAAACUGUCUUCAUCAGAACUACCUAGAUCUUUACGCAAAGUAAGCUUCUCUGUCAACAUAAACUCAUCCUCACUUACACUGGGGGCAAGACAAACAGUGAAGUAUGACGCAGUGCUGACAAAUGAUGGAAACGGAUAUGACGACAGAACGGGAGUGUUCACGUGUCCUGUGGCGGGAAUCUACAUGUUUGUCGUCGAUUCUUUAUCUAAUCCCGGGAUUUGGUUGAAUCUUAAAGUCAACAAAAUAACAGUUGGUAGGCUUCAUGCGUCUCCUUCGCUCAAAGUGGACUUGAUUCAAAUAAGCAGGACAGUGAUCGUGAAGCUGAAACCUGGGGAUCAUGUCAAAGUUGAAAAUGUUCAAAACGGCGGUGUAAUUUACUUUUACAUGUACUCGGGGUUUUCAGGUACCCUAUUGUAAUAAUCAUUGAUUUUAAUAUGAAAUUUACUAUUUUGGGUGGCAGGCGUAUUCUUUAUUUUGUAUACCAA